UAUUACUUACUUCAUGUUUCGCUGGGGAUGGACGUUUCAGUACACUGUUUAGCAAAACAUGACAACGAGACGCUUCGAAAAAUCGAAACAUUUAUCAUUCAAUAAUAUAUUACAUAGCUAUCAGAUUGGGUUACGCAAUAAGCCACUUACGUUGGAAGUAUUCACGUUCCUGGUAAUAGAUCAAAGAUUUAUGCAUUGUUGUAGCAAUAUCUUUUGAGAAAUUUGUCUAACCCGUAACUGCAACAAUUCAACUCCUGGCAGUGUAGCACUUCUCUCAUCGUUUAAAAACAAGAAAUGGACAGUGAUGGGAUGACAACCAUGGGCCUCCUGUUGUGAACUUCUGACCAUGACCAAUCAACGUUGACCUCUCACAGAUCAGAAAUGUCACAGGCGAGUCAGCACGGGAAAUGGACACUCUCCAGCAGCGAUGACGACAACGAUGACCCACUCCCUUCUGCCUCAAACAACAACAACAGACCUCUGUUGUUUGGCAGCCCCCCGCCUGACCAACACACAUCUUCAGUCUCUAACCACAACUCCCCCAAGAUAGCCUCCAACUUCCACCAACCCAAACAUGGUCCUGAUCCUCCACCUUCCAUAGAGGUGAAACCUGAACCUAAAUCUGACACAGUGACUGCUGCCUCCCCCCUCUCUAUUGGCUCUGAGGCCAGACAGGCAUCCCAGGCCAGCCAAUUGAAGCCAGUAAAGUAUGAAUCCAACCAAUCCAGACCCUUUCUGGCUGGUAAGAGGAAGAAGGAUGAUGAUUCAAUUUCCGGCUGGGCUCUCUCGGACAGUGAUGAUGAUGACGACGAUGAUAAGGAUAAAGGUCAAAGUUCAGGACAGAAAGACCCGCCACCCAAGAGGUCGAGCCCCAAGCUGAAGAAGGCAAAGGUGUCGGAAAGGCCUCCCAGCCCCCAUGGCAGAACCUACUACAAAGACGAACCAGAUGACUUCUUUGAGACUAGCGUGCCUCCUGUCAAUGACACCUACAGGUUCUACCUCAACAAGGUCACAGGGCUGGAGAAGAGGUACAACACUGGGGCUCUGCACAUCAAAGAAAUCCUCUCCCCUUUGUUCGGGACACUGAAGGAAUCUGUGCAGUUCAACUACUGCUUUGACAUUGCCUGGAUGUUGCAGCAGUACCCGCCUGAGUUCAGAGACAAGCCUGUUCUGAUUGUCCACGGAGACAAGAGAGAGGCCAAGGCCCGUCUGCUCCAGCAAGCCCAGCCGUACAGUCAAGUCCGCUUCUGCCAGGCCAAACUGGAUAUUGCUUUCGGAACACACCACACGAAGAUGAUGUUGCUGUGGUACGAGGAAGGCUUCAGAGUGGUCAUCCUUACCUCCAACAUGAUCAGAGCAGACUGGUACCAGAAAACACAGGGGUUGUGGAUGAGUCCUCUGUAUUUACGGUUACCCAAGGGGAGUCCAGAGACAGCGGGGGAGUCUCCCACCCUUUUCAAGCGGGACCUCCUGGAGUACCUGGGGGCCUAUCGUGCCCCCGAAAUCACCGACUGGAUCCAGAGGAUCAGAGAGCAUGACCUGUCUGAGACCAGGGUGUAUCUGAUAGGUUCCACUCCAGGGAGGUACUUGGGCUCAGACAUGGAGAGGUGGGGUCACCUGAGGUUGAGAAAACUGUUGCGCGACCACACGCGGCCCAUCCCCGACGAAGAGAAGUGGCCUGUCAUUGGUCAGUUCUCCAGCAUCGGCUCCAUGGGGUUGGACAAGACCAAGUGGCUGGCAGGGGAGUUCCUGCGCACUCUGACCACCCUGGGCAAAUCGUCUCUUCGCCCAGAUCCCCCAAUGCACUUGAUCUACCCGUCAGUGGACGAUGUGAGGACCAGUCUGGAGGGCUAUCCAGCCGGUGGUUCUUUACCCUACAGCAUCCAGACUGCUCAGAAACAACUCUGGCUCCACAGCUACUUCCAUCGCUGGCAAGCUGAGACGACGGGGAGGAGUCACGCCAUGCCGCACAUCAAGACCUACCUGAGGGCUUCGCCAGACUUCACACAACUAGCCUGGUUCCUUAUCACAAGUGCUAACUUGUCCAAAGCAGCGUGGGGGGCUCUGGAGAAGAACAACACACAGGUGAUGGUCCGGUCAUACGAACUGGGAGUCCUCUAUGUGCCCUCUGCCUUCAGUAUGAGUACCUUUCCCGUCCAGAUGGAUGUGUUUCCUGCCACCACUUCCUCUACCUCAUUUCCUGUGCCCUUCGACCUGCCACCCAAACGCUACUCGAGUAAAGAUCAGCCAUGGAUGUGGAACAUUCCCUACACCCAGGCUCCAGACACACACGGUAACAUCUGGGUCCCCUCCUGAACCACCACGCCAGACACACACACGUUCCCUUAAAAAUCCAGUUACACGCACCACUUGCCAGACCUUCCAUAUUCUGCUCCUAUGGUGCACAGACAGGCUAAAUCGAAUGGAAUUGAGG